ACACUACAUGGCAAACUGGGAAACUGGUGUUCAGCCUUCGCAGUAGCAGACCGGAUAUUUUACUAUGUAACACCAGGAAGUGAAGAGCACGUGAAGUAAGCUGCUGUAGUUUAAAGCGAUGUAAACAGAAAUGAAAGUUACAAGUUGAAGUAGUUUUGUCAGAGUACAUUAAAGCGUUGAGAAUCUUCUGAAUGAUAAUAAUGACAAGGCUACAACGCUGACCGUGAAACAACAAGACGACCCUCUUGGAAAACAUUAUAUUUGGAUUCCCUGUGCAACAGGUGUUUCAUUUUGCAGUAAUAAUGACACGCUGGGCCAGGGCUAAUAACAUCCACAAAUACAAGGCUUCUGAAGCAACACCAUGGGGUCAGCUGCAGAAGAACUCUGGGAGUGGAGAGAACAAGCAGGGCUCUUCCAGGCACAGCCCGCAGCGGGACAGAAGGGCACAAGCAUCGAAGAGCCUCUCUGUGCAGAGGAGCGAGCGCUUCACUGCCACAGGGAAGGCAAACCGCAAGAAGAAAGACUAUGACAACGAAGAUGUGAACGGGUUCAUGGAUUACCUGAAACAGACCGGACAGUCCCUCCCGAGGGGAUGCCCCAGGCCAGGCGCAGACAGCACAGGGUUUGACGAGGACUUGGCCGUGGCACUGAAGAAGGACCACAGACGAGAGGACAGAAGGCUGAAGAGACAGACAAACAAAAAGAGCAACAUGGUGUGCUUCAACUGCAGAAAGCCUGGCCAUGGACUGGCUGACUGUCCCGAGGCUGACAGAGAUGAGGAGAUGGGCAGGGGGAUUUGUUACCGGUGUGGUUCUACAGAGCACGAGAUCAACAGAUGCAGAGCAAAAGUGGACCCGGCUGUUGGGGAGUUUCCCUUCGCUAAAUGUUUCAUCUGUGGGCAAACUGGACACCUCUCAAGAUCAUGUCCCGAUAACCCCAAAGGAAUGUAUGCAGCAGGAGGCUGCUGUAGAGUGUGCGGGUCUGUGGAACAUUUUCAGAAGGAUUGUCCAGAGCACCAGAAUUCAGGGAAUGCUGUAACAGUUGGACGAUGGUCUAACAGAAUGAGUGGUGAUCACGAAGACAUUCCUGUGCUGGUAAAGAAAGCGAAGCCCAAAGCACCCAAGGUUGUUACCUUCUAAGGGAGGUGUUACUGAUUCCACGGUGUGCUCUUUAUUGGUGGUUUGAAAUAAAAUGAUUGUGGACUUUUUCAAA